AUGGAGGCCCUUCACACUGAGCUCAAUGAAAAACAAUUAAGGUGGGAUGAGAAUCAUGCAGAGAUAAGGCGCAUCACUCAGGAGAUAACUGAAACUGGGGUAAGAGAGGAACAAUAUUGGCAUCAAUGGUCCAGGAUAAAGUGGCUUUCAAAAGGGGAUGCCAAUACUGCUUUCUUCCACCAAUCUACGCUGGCCCAUAGACGACAGAAUUGUAUCCUUAGAAUUAAGGGCGAUGAUGGGCGUUGGCAUGUGGGUGAGCAAGCCAUCAGGAGGGUGUUUGAAGAGCAUUUCAAGAACUUGUUCACUUCUGAGGCUCAAUUCAUUAAUGGUGAUAUUCUUGAUUGUGUUGACAGUGUGAUCUCUCAAACUACCAAUGACAACUUAUUGUAG